GUCUGUGUGUGAGUGCAGGCAGGCUGACAAUGAUUUCCUCAGUGAUUACGUACAGAGCGAGUCCCUGCGGGUUAGGGGCCCCCUCUGGAGCCAUCCUGAUGGCUUUGGGGGCCUUGCUUCCAUUUUCCAUUAUUAUGUGGACUACCGGAGCGACAGCGCAGUCCAAGACCUUGCAGGUUUGUGAUGAGGAGGGAGCACACAGCACACUUCUCCUUCUCCUCCUCCUCCUGCUCCCGGCUCUCCUCCUCUCGCCGCCGAGCCAGCCGUAGACUUUAGAGAGCAACAUCCAGCUCCCAAAAUCCAGGGCUGCUACAGCGGACCCGGCUAUUCAAAAAGAAGGAGGAAAAAAAAUCCCACCCCAAAACAAGGGGCACAGGAGAAAACAAACAAACAAACAAAAAAAACCAAACAACAACAACAAAAAAAACCAAACAACAAAAAUUGGAGCUUUUUUUUGUUACUUAGAUUUAAGGGUAUUUUUUUUAAAGGAAAGGAAGGUUUUUUUAAAAUUUUUUGGGGGUGUUUUUAAAGUAAUUUUUUUCUUUGCAUUUUCUACCCUAUUUACAACUGUCUUGACUCCGGUGGGUGAUUUUAGGGGAUUUUUUUUUUGGCGAUCAGUUUUUUUUUCUUUCUUUCUUUUCUUUUUCCUUUUUUCUUUUUUUUGCAAACUGUACAAAGAAUCGGUUUGUAAACAAAUCAAGAGGGUUUUUUUUACACUUUUUUUGCAAAGCAAAUAGAAAAGCCAAAUUAUUUUCUGUAGUUUUUGCCCUGUUUUACUCGAAUAUGUAAAUGUUAGUGGAGUAAAAUAUCUAUCUAUCUACAUUAUACUAACGACUGGACUCUUUUUCUGUGUCUUACAGCAUUUUGGGGGGGUGUCUUUUUUUUUAAAGAAUUUUAUUUGAUUUGGUGCUUUUUUGAGAGGGGGAUUUCAAAGGGGGGGAUUUAAAGCUUGAAAAGUUUUGGUGCAGCUGCCUGAGCAAAGCACUGAGCCCCCCGACCAGCCGCCAACGGAGAGAGGGAGGGAGGGAAGGAGAGAGCUUAGCAGAGGAGUAGAAGUCUUGUAGGGUCUCUCAUCGGUUAUAAGGAAGUGUAGUUUCUUAUAGGGCUGAAAUUGAAACAACUUCAGCUGUUUGCUUUUAGGAUGUCUCGCCGCAAGCAAGCUAAACCAAGAUCACUCAAAGAUGCUAACUGUAAACUAGAAGACAAGGCAGAAGAUGGAGAGGUGAUAGAUUGUAAGAAAAGGCCAGAAGAAGGGGAGGAGUUAGAGGAAGAAGCUGUGCACAGCUGUGACAGCUGCCUCCAGGUGUUUGAAUCACUGAGUGAUAUCACAGAACACAAGAUUAAUCAAUGUCAACUGACAGAUGGAGUGGAUAUUGAGGAUGACCCCACUUGCUCAUGGCCAGCUUCAUCACCUUCCAGCAAAGACCAAACUUCACCAAGCCAUGGAGAAGGUUGUGAUUUUGGUGAGGAAGAGGGUGGCCCAGGAUUGCCUUAUCCGUGCCAGUUCUGUGACAAGUCAUUCAGUCGGCUCAGCUACUUAAAGCAUCACGAGCAGAGUCACAGCGACAAGCUCCCUUUCAAAUGCACAUAUUGCAGUCGCCUCUUUAAACACAAGCGGAGCAGAGAUCGCCAUAUAAAGCUUCACACGGGAGACAAGAAGUAUCACUGCAGUGAAUGUGAUGCGGCAUUUUCAAGGAGUGAUCACCUUAAAAUUCACUUAAAGACUCAUACAUCCAACAAGCCAUAUAAAUGUGCCAUUUGUAGACGUGGAUUCCUUUCGUCUAGUUCACUGCAUGGUCACAUGCAGGUUCAUGAAAGAAACAAGGAUGGUUCUCAGUCUGCCUCCAGGAUGGAGGAGUGGAAGAUGAAAGACACUCAGAAAUGCAGUCAGUGUGAAGAAGGCUUUGAUUUCCCUGAAGAUCUUCAGAAACACAUAGCAGAAUGUCACCCCGAGUGUUCCCCUAAUGAAGACAGGGCUGCUCUUCAAUGUGUUUAUUGCCAUGAACUCUUUGUAGAGGAAAGUUCUCUUGUAAAUCACAUGGAGCAGGCUCAUAAUGGUGAAAAGAAGAAUUCAUGCAGCAUUUGCUCAGAGAACUUCCAUACCGUGGAAGAACUGUACAGCCACAUGGAUAGUCACCAGCAGCACGAAUCAUGCAAUCAUAGCAACAGCCCUUCUUUGGUUACUGUUGGCUACACCUCAGUAUCUAGCACCACUCCAGAUUCAAACCUCUCGGUGGAUAGUUCAACAAUGGUAGAAACGGCUCCCCCAAUAACAAAGGGUCGUGGAAGAAAGCGGGCAGCCCAACAAGUACCAGAUAUCACUGGUCCUUCGAAUAAGCAAGCAAAAGUUACCUAUAGCUGCAUUUAUUGCAACAAACAGUUAUUUUCAAGCCUUGCAGUUCUGCAGAUACACCUGAAAACUAUGCAUUUAGAUAAACCUGAACAAGCGCAUAUCUGUCAGUAUUGUUUGGAGGUGUUACCUUCACUUUAUAAUCUGAAUGAACAUCUUAAGCAAGUCCAUGAAGCUCCAGACCCAGCACUGAUUGUUUCUACCAUGCCUGCCAUGGUCUACCAGUGCAACUUCUGCUCUGAAGUAUUUAAUGACCUCAACACUCUUCAGGAACAUAUCCGAUGUUCUCAUGGGUUUGCAAACCCUGCUGCUAAAGACAGUAAUGCAUUCUUUUGUCCCCAUUGCUACAUGGGAUUUCUUACUGAUUCUUCUUUGGAAGAGCAUAUUAGACAAGUCCAUUGUGAUCUUAGCAGUUCCCGUUUUGGUUCCCCUGUACUUGGAACCCCAAAAGAUCCAGUAGUAGAAGUAUAUUCCUGUUCCUACUGUACUAAUUCUCCAAUAUUUAACAGUGUCCUUAAAUUGAACAAGCAUAUCAAGGAGAACCAUAAGAACAUUCCUUUGGCAUUGAAUUACAUCCACAAUGGAAAGAAAUCUAGAGCCUUGAGCCCCUUAUCUCCUGUAACUAUUGAGCAAACUUCUUUAAAGAUGAUGCAAGCUGUAGGUGGUGCUCCUCCACGUCCUGCAGGUGAAUAUGUUUGUAAUCAAUGUGGUGCUAAGUAUACGUCUCUGGAUGGUUUUCAGACUCAUUUAAAAACCCACCUUGACACUGUCCUGCCAAAACUGACCUGCCCUCAGUGCAACAAGGAGUUUCCAAACCAAGAGUCGUUGCUGAAGCAUGUUACAAUUCAUUUCAUGAUAACUUCCACAUACUAUAUCUGUGAAAGCUGUGACAAGCAGUUUACUUCAGUGGAUGACUUGCAAAAACACCUGCUUGACAUGCAUACGUUUGUAUUCUUCCGCUGCACCUUGUGUCAAGAGGUUUUUGACUCCAAAGUCUCCAUUCAACUACACCUGGCUGUGAAGCACAGCAAUGAAAAGAAGGUAUAUAGGUGCACAUCUUGUAACUGGGACUUCCGUAAUGAAACUGACCUACAGCUUCAUGUUAAACACAAUCACCUGGAGAACCAAGGGAAAGUGCACAAGUGCAUUUUCUGUGGCGAGUCAUUUGGUACAGAGGUGGAGCUUCAGUGCCACAUUACUACACAUAGCAAAAAAUACAACUGCAAAUUCUGCAGCAAAGCUUUUCAUGCUAUUAUAUUGCUAGAGAAACACUUGAGGGAAAAACAUUGUGUUUUUGAAACUAAAACUCCAAACUGUGGAACAAAUGGAGCAUCAGAGCAAGUUCAGAAAGAAGAAGUGGAGCUCCAGACCUUGUUGACAAAUAGCCAGGAGUCACAUAAUAGCCAUGAUGGCAGUGAAGAAGACGUUGAUACAUCUGAGCCCAUGUACGGUUGUGACAUUUGUGGAGCAGCAUACACAAUGGAAACUCUCCUGCAGAAUCAUCAGCUUCGAGACCACAACAUCCGACCUGGAGAAAGUGCUAUAGUUAAGAAGAAGGCAGAGCUGAUUAAAGGGAAUUACAAAUGCAAUGUGUGUUCUCGAACAUUCUUCUCUGAAAAUGGGCUCCGUGAACAUAUGCAGACACACUUGGGACCAGUGAAACAUUAUAUGUGCCCAAUAUGUGGUGAGCGGUUUCCAUCUCUUCUGACCCUUACUGAACAUAAAGUCACGCAUAGUAAGAGCCUGGACACUGGAAACUGCAGAAUUUGCAAAAUGCCUCUACAGAGUGAGGAGGAUUUUUUAGAGCAUUGCCAAAUGCACCCUGAUUUGAGAAAUUCAUUAACAGGAUUCCGCUGUGUGGUAUGCAUGCAAACAGUGACCUCUACCUUGGAACUGAAAAUCCAUGGGACAUUUCACAUGCAAAAAACAGGAAACGGCUCUGCAGUGCAGUCCACAGGGCGUGCACAGCAUCUUCAGAAACUGUACAAAUGUGCUUCUUGCCUGAAGGAAUUCCGCUCAAAACAGGAUUUAGUGAAACUUGACAUCAAUGGUCUGCCAUAUGGUCUGUGCGCUGUUUGUGUUAAUCUCAGUAAAAGUGGUAGUCCAAGUGUCAACAUCCCUUCAAGCAGUAACAGACAAGGCUUGGGUCAAAAUGAGAACUUGAGUUCCAUUGAGAACAAAAGCAAGGCAGGGGGACUGAAGACUCGCUGUUCUAGUUGCAAUGUUAAAUUUGAAUCAGAAAGUGAACUCCAGAAUCAUAUCCAGUCAAUCCACAGAGAGCUUGUACCAGACAGCAACAGUACACAGCUGAAAACACCACAAGUAUCUCCAAUGCCUAGAAUCAGCCCUUCUCAGUCUGAUGAGAAGAAGACCUAUCAGUGCAUCAAGUGUCAGAUGGUUUUCUACAACGAAUGGGAUAUCCAAGUUCAUGUUGCAAACCACAUGAUUGACGAAGGAUUGAACCAUGAAUGUAAACUCUGCAAUCAAACAUUUGACUCUCCUGCCAAACUUCAGUGCCACCUGAUAGAACACAGCUUUGAAGGAAUGGGGGGCACCUUCAAAUGUCCAGUCUGCUUUACAGUGUUUGUUCAAGCAAACAAAUUGCAGCAGCAUAUUUUCUCAGCCCAUGGACAAGAAGACAAGAUCUAUGACUGCACGCAGUGUCCGCAGAAGUUCUUCUUCCAAACAGAGCUGCAGGACUCAUUCCUUCCUACAACUGCCCUGCUGUUGGCUACCAAUAGCUGCCAUUCCAUUAUCUUUCAUCUGGCCCAGAGCUGACAACAGAUGGCCAUCAGUGUGACUGUAUGAAGCAUCCAGCAAUGGUGUACUGAAGAGUUUCCUGGCCAGUUCUGCAAACCUCCCUCCCUUCCUCCCUCCACAUCUUGAAUAAGCUCAUCAUUCCUGGCUCCACUCUCCACUGGCUCUGCAAUUUUCCACACAGCGAAGGCAGAAGGCUGCCACUGCGCCACUGGAACUCUCCCAUUCCAGACCUGCGUCUGACUCCCAUUUCUGUGCAUAGAACAGACAAAGUACUGGCACUGUCCAGCUGGUUCUGACCCUAUAGGCUGCAGCAACCUGGGAUGUGUUGCUGCUAUUACAUCACUGAGCGUGCCAUCAUUUGGGAUCUGGCUCUUGAACCCAUUUGGUUACUGCAUAGCAAAACUUGCUUCCCACAUAGCAAAGACAGAAGAUUUAAUUUUGCUCAUUUGGCCACUAUGUGGGAUCUGUAGUCUGAAACUUGAAGCAGAGGCAGAGCUUAGCCACUGUAGCAUUGGAUCUCCUCAAGCCAUUACUCUGGUGGGGUUCCCCCCUCCCCACCCGCAAUGCUCUGGAGGACUCUGCCCCACCAAAAUUAAGCAUGUUAAAUGUGAAGAAAGCAAAAAAUGUGAAUAUUGAUUGUAGACCUAAAAGGGAGGAAAGUGUUCAUUUCACUGACAUGCUGAUGCAUUGACAGGUCUGAUCAUUUGGAAAGCAGCUUCAAAUGGGUGGCUGCCUUGCAUGUGGAGAAAGAUACAUUGUUUGCUCUUGUCGGAGUUUGCUAAAGCAAGGUAACUCUAGAGCUGAACCUGUAGUUUAAGAGAAAUUCACAUUUGUAGCCUUUAUUGUGAUAUUUGCAGCAAGUCUACAGCUACUAACAGUCUCUGCCCUGAAGCUAUGAAGGAGUAAGGCUCCAUUGUUGGACAGAGAGACGCGUUCUGUGUGAAAGCCUGAGAUGUGGUAGGCAAGAUGAAUAGUGCUCAAAAGCAGUGCUUGCAGUGCUGUCAUUUAGAACAGGAACACUGAGCCUUUAAAUGAAAGUGAAGCACAGGGUAAAUGAAUCCUUUAAAAAUGGUAAAAUCUUAAACUGCUUAAAAUAACAAGUAUUUUCCAUGGAUAAGUUCACUGAGCAGGAGGAAAGUUGAGAGGGGACGAUUUUCCCUUGCAAGGAGCGGAGCGGUACAGAUAGUUUGUUAAAAAACAACAGCACUACAACAUCUACGGUGUGGCUAGUGAUUAAUCAAGGACAUGUCCAGGAAAAUACAGUAAACAGAGAUCUUGUCUCAAAGGAGUCUCCUCCUUUUCAAAACAUCAGCAUCUUUACAUUGUUUCAUUCCAAGCAUUAAUCAAAAAGAUUUGAAUGCAGAUAGCAACACAACUGGAGCAAUUCAUAACAAAACCCUAACCUAGGAGGAACAGGUUUCAGGUUUACUUCUCAACCUGUUAAUUGGGUCAGGUUAACAAUGCUUUGAGCAAAGUGGGGCUGACCUAAGAUUUUGGGUGGAAACCAUGUGAAAAUACGGUGGAUUUGACACAAAACUGGUCAGAAAUCUCAGAUUAUUUUUGUGGUGUUUGCUUUGCGUUCUAAGCUCUGGGUGACCAGCCCUACCCCAUCCUGUAAACUGAAAGUAAAAAGUGGUUCAUUCCCUGUGGACCAGAACUACUAGUUAUGCACAUCUGUACAUACAGCUGUAGGUGUUUCUGCAUUGUUAGAAUCUAAUGUUGCAGCAGAAUUACCUCACUAAACCCACCCUAGACUAAACAUGAGCUGGGUGUAUAUCUGUCUGUCUGACUAGAUGAUGGAUACUUACUAGUUUUCUUUGUAUCUGUAGAUAUAUGGCAUAUAAUAUUGGGAAAUUGUGAUGCCAUUAAAUAUUAGCAGUGCAUUUUGCUUUGCUUUGAGUUUGUGAAGGUGAAAGGUGAUUGUGCAAGAAAAUGGAACAGCAUAUUUGCUGUGAGACAGGCACUAAGAACUCACUCCCAUGCUCAGUUAUAAUUCAUGACUGUACUGGUGGGAAGCCCUUAUCCCUCUGUGGAGUUAAUGCAUCUCUACUGUAGCCUGCUGAGAGCACCCUGCAUCCCCUCCCACCAUCUGUGCAUUCAGUUGCGUGCUUUCUCUCUUUCUCUCUCACUUUACUAUGACAUCUCUUGGUGUUAAAACUGUCAGACUACUACUGUCUGGUAAAGGUGGCUUUAUGAUGUGUAUUAAUGUUGAAUUGUCAUUUAAAUGGAAAAGAGCUGGA